AUGGGAGCCCUCUACUAUCUCCUUCACCCGAACCAGUUGCGGUCAAUCAUUCAGUGGAAGGUCUGGCACAACCCCGUACACAGACGAGACACGACGUCUGAGACCGAGACCCUUCAAGAAUGCUUCCGCUUUCUCAACCUGACGAGCCGCAGCUUUGCGGCCGUCAUUCAAGAGCUCAAUCCCGAGCUUCUCGUUCCCGUCACCCUCUUUUACCUUGUCUUACGAGGCCUCGACACCAUCGAGGAUGACAUGACCAUCCCCAUCGAGAAAAAAGUUCCCUUGCUGCAAAAUUUCCACAAGACUAUGCUCAUUGACGGUUGGCAAUUCCACGAGAGCCAGGAAAAGGACAGAGAGCUGCUUGAAAAGUAUGACGUCGUCGUCACGGAAAUGAAGCGGAUAAAAAAAGCAUACGCCGACAUCAUCAUUGACAUUGCGGAGAAGAUGGGCAACGGCAUGGCCGACUACGCGCAAAACGCAGACAUGAUCCAGAACGGCGUCCAGUCUGUCGAGGAUUACGAGCUCUACUGCCAUUAUGUCGCCGGCCUCGUCGGCGAGGGGCUGACCCGGCUGUUCGUCACAUCGGAGCUCGCCAACCCCAAGCUGCUGGAGCGUCCGACCCUGACCGAGUCCAUGGGCCAGUUACUGCAAAAGACCAACAUCAUCCGCGACCUCCACGAGGACUGGCGGGAUGGGAGGCGCUGGUACCCCAAGGAGAUCUGGAGCAAACAUGUGGACCAGUGGGAACAUCUGUUUGACCCCCAGCAUCGCGAUCAAGCCAUCCACUGCGUCUCGGAAAUGAUUCUCAAUGCGUUGGGCCAUGUGGAAGAAUGCCUCUUUUAUAUGGCAGGUAUCCGGGAGCAGAGCGUCUUCAACUUUGUUGCUAUCCCGCAGACCAUGGCCAUUGCCACUCUCGAGCUCGUGUUCCGGAAUCCAACCGUCUUGCAACGAAAUAUCAAGAUUACCAAAGGAGACGCCUGCCAGAUCAUGUUCGAGUCGACUCAGAAUCUUUUCCUUGUUUGCGAGAUCUUCCGGAAGUAUAUCCGGCGGAUACAAGCAAAGAACGACCCCCGGGACCCCAAUUACUUGGCCAUAAGCGUGCGCUGCGCCAAGAUUGAGCAGUUCAUCGAGACGCUCUACCCCCGGCAAAACCCCAAGAAUCUCGCCGUUGAGAACGCCCAAAGACAAAAGAAAGAGCCUACGAUGGAUCCCGGCGAGACCCUGGUCCUUUUUGGUAUUGUCACGCUCUGUUUGCUCUUUGUCUCUAGCAUCAUGAUUGGAAUGGCCUGGUUCAUGGGUGCUCGGUUCCCCAUCGUGUCGGAUGUUAUCAGGUUCACGAAAACGCUCUUUACCAACCAGAACCUCAAUAACACCAGACGCGACGAGCUAUAG